CGUGCACAAAAUUCAUGCAUUAAUCGUUUGCCUCGAUAUCUGAUCAUUAUUUUGGAACGGGUGAAGUUUGAUACAAAAAUCGGCCAGUCAGUAAAAAACUUCAGUACAUUGGAAUACCCGCUUGAAUUUGAUGCCCACAGCCUCUGUUCAGAUGAACUGAAACUUGAGCUCGAAGGUAUUAGAAAGGCAACAUCGACAGAUGGUGAAGAUUCCCUCAACAUGGACACUGACCAAAAUGAUUUGCCGAUACCAAUGGACCAAUUAACUGGGUUAUAUGAUUUGAUUGCUUUGAUUGCGCAUGAGGGACCAAAUGUGAACUCUGGACAUUACAUUUCCUUGAUAAAGCAAGAUGAAGAUCAAUGGAUCCAGUAUAAUGAUGCAACCAAAACCUUACUGAAGAAUGAGGAGGCUUUGAAAUUAUCCGGUGGAGGGGAUGGCCAGAUGGCUUAUAUCUGCCUGUACAAAGCCCGUGUUGGGCGAGAAGGCUCCCUCUGAUUGUCCAUCUGCACGUUCGCUCGAUUGCCCUUUGCCUGGUUUAAGUGAUGCCUGCAGUGAGUUCUGAUCAACAAGGUUGAUGGUUAUGUUCUGUUGGCUUUGCCGAAGGAGCAUUCAGGAGGCUAAAUGGCAUGUUUGGUCUGCAUUGUAUAUUCUGAGAGAACCCGUGUGCGUGAACCACAGUAGUGCUAUGCUGAAGCUGUUCUAGACUAGUGGUCAUGCUAUUCCCCUCCUGGAGGUUCUUCUUGCUUCUGUUCGAUUCGGUGUAAUGUGCAAGCGCGUGUAUGCUCUGCUUGUUCAGGCCAUGUAACAUGAAGUGGAAGUGUUUACUGUGCAAGC